AUCAACCAAUUGGCACAUACAUGUGCGUGUACUCCAUGGCACGUACAUGAUGAUGAUUUGAUUCACGGGGGCUUUACAUUAGACCUUAUAAACGUUUGAACCUUGGCUCCAGAUCCCCGCAUACUCUAUAGAUCAACGGCCACAAUGCUGCCCUUGCUGGACGGUCUGCGUCUCCCCACAACUAAGGUACUACUCACAACCGAGUCCUUCGCUUCUCGAGUCUUUCCACCACUCGCGUGUAGCCUCGCCACAGCUUUUCUUGUUCUGCUGCCCGGAACGCAGCCAGUCCGGAUUGUGUUGUGGCCCAUCACCGCGAGCCUUGCGUUUCGCGCGGCGACAUCGCUAGACAUGUCCAUGGAGCAACCGGAACUUGCCUUUUUGAAUAUACAGCUGCAAAUAUCCAUGUUUCUUAUUGUAGCACGUACCCUUGAAUGGACGGUGCAGACGAAACCUUUUGUUCGUACGGCUCGCCCAUCGUCAACCGACGUGCCAAAGCGAAAUUUAGUGCUCGACACAAUUGAUUUGGUAUGCAACCUUCGAGGCUGUGGCUGGGACUGGUCGCAGGGACUGUACAUCCCGCCUGAGACACAUCCUACAUCCUCACGAUUGGCCUUUGCUACAUCCGUUCUAGUCUCUGGUCUAAAGCACUUAUUUCUUUCGGGCGUGAUUCACUCUGCCAUGAAGUCUUUCUCUCCAGAUACAUUCGGAUCUCUUGAUGGUGGUACCAUCUUCGACGACUCGCUUCCCCCACACCUCCGUUACUUACGAUCGAGCAUCAUCGCAACGCUAUACGCAUUCAACAUCUACUCAUUACUCCAAGUUGGUUACGAGAUCACCGUAGUCAUCUGCGUAUUGAUAUUGAGGCAACAUCCAGACCAAUGCCCCCCCUCAUUCGACUCUCCCUGGUGCGCCACCUCUCUCAGAGAAUUCUGGAGCCGUCGCUGGCAUCAGUGGUUCCGUCGGAUGUUCAUUUUCUUCGGGGGAAACCCGCUUUAUCUACUCUUUGGGCGUAUCGGGGGCGUCAUGGGCGCGUUUCUCGUCUCUGGGUUUAUUCACCACCUCGUACUACUCCCUUUCGACCCGUCCUCGGAGAUGUGGCGCAUGAUGCUGCCAUUUGGAAUGAUGGGAAUUGGGAUGGUCAUUGAGCGUGCUGUUGCGGGGAAUAAGACAGGUGGCUGGAUGGGAUGGGUGUGGACAAUGUGCUGGCUGGUGUUGUGGGGGAACGUGAUGGUGGAUGGGUGUGCAAGAACUGGGACACUUGGGGGUUCGAACGUGUUUGAUAGUGCGACGCCUGUAAGGCAACCGAUUGAGCGGCUGGUGAGAACGUUUGACGAGUAUCUGCACGCUAUUGGCAGAAAACCGUGAUGGCAGAAAUCUGUAGAUAUCCGGUGGCUGAUAGUACAAUUGUGAGAUACGAGAGCAGCUAGUCCAAUGCAAAUUUCUGAAUGCUAAGAUGACUUCCAUCGAACUACGUAGUCAGUCCCACGCAAAUCGUCUGAAAAUUGUCUGUAUGCUCCAGCACGCCUCCUCAGUGUCGAAGACAGCAGAUUUAAGCCCAAGUCAUUCAAGCUUCAUCGAACUAAAGUCAUCUUUGUCGAAUUUGACUCUACAUAUUGCCACUGGAACAUCGACAUGGGCUCAAGGUCAAGGAACGCGGUGGGCAUCUGCCUGAGGAGCUGUUGGUAGAAUGGUGAAUCUCCGGGUAUCCCAGAUGUGCGCCAUAACUUCUACCAGCAAUGAGGUAGGAUUGAGCUCGGUCGGCUUGGAAUGGGUCGCAGCAAGCUCUAUCUAGCAGUGGGGAACACAAGCG